UUGCCCUAGCCAACAAAAAUGUGUUGUCUCGUGGAGUAACAGACUUCAAUGGGACUCCCUUUGUCUAUCCAAACUCGUUAAAAACAUAAGAAGUUGAGCGAGUGAUGGUGUUAGGCUGUUAGCGUGGCGGCGGGCAAAGAAAGGGUGAAAGAAAAAUGGGAAGAAGGGACAAGAAACAAAGGCACCAACAAAGAACCAGUCAUAGGGGAGCCUCUUAUUACACUGCCCAACAUGAUGAUGAUUAUGAAGAUGAAACCUACGCUUUUCAACAACCAUCCCAAGAUUCUGAAGAACAAGAGGAAGAAAUAGAAGAAGAAGAACCAGAACAUGAGGAAGAAGAAACUGACCCAAACCCAUCAACGGAAAUCCCAUCAAAAUUCCUUCUUUACCAACAAUCUGUGCAGUCACCAAAAGGAGAUAUAAGCUAUUUGCAAAAGUUCUUUUUGAUGUAUGUGGGUGGAAGGUUGCCUCUGCAUCUCCAAGAAGAUUUCUGUGGCACUGCGCUUCUUAGUACGGAAUGGCUCCGAAGUGAUCCAAGGCGGACAGCUGUAGGAUUGGAUCUGGACCUUGAGGCAUUACAAUGGUGCCUGGAGAACAACAUCAAUAAAGUUGGAGCUGACUUGUAUUCAAGAAUAUCCCUCUUUCAUGGGAAUGUCUUGAAUCCUCACAAAGCAAAAUUAGUCAGCUUCAAGCCCCAAGAGCUGAUAAGGAACAUUCAAUUAGAGGAAAGUGAUGAUAAUUCGAAGAUUUCUGCAAUAGAACCUAACAUGCAUGAGGGCUCUGCUGCUUCGUCUAAUGAAGAGUCCAUUAAGGCAGAUUCUAAAAUACCUGCAAGAGACAUUAUAUGUGCUUUUAAUUACAGUUGUUGUUGUCUCCAUAGACGUGUCGAACUGGUUUUGUAUUUCAAGCAUGUUCUUGAAGCAUUGUCUAAAAAGGGUGGUAUAUUUGUGAUGGAUUUAUAUGGUGGUACAUCAUCGGAGCAGUCCUUAAGACUUCAAAGGAGGUUUCCCAAUUUUACGUAUACUUGGGAGCAAGCUGAAUUCGACAUCAUUGGGCGCAAAACAAGGAUUAGUCUCCAUUUUCAUCUUCAGAAACAGAGGAAAAAACUCCAGCAUGCAUUUUCAUAUAGUUGGAGACUGUGGUCAUUGCCGGAGAUUAAAGACUGCUUAGAAGAGGCUGGAUUUCGAUCUGUCCAUUUUUGGCUUCGAAAGAUGCCAGAUACCACUGAAAGCAGAAGUACAGAGGGAUUCGGCAUUGGGCGAGAUGUGAAGUAUGAAGAGGUCAAAAGUUUCCAACAAGAAGAUGCUUGGAAUGCAUAUAUUGUCGCUGUAACGAAGUAGGACUCGAAUUCUAUCUUUUUCUACUUACUAAAUCUUCAAGCUGCUCUGCUUCGAGUAGGAGAGAACAGUGUUUGACACUAUGACUCCUGUUUCCAUGGGUGUAAACUGGCAUUUUGUUUGAUGAUUAAGCUUACAAUUUUUUUUUCAUACGAAAAGUUUUGUUAGAUAAGAUUUAGUGAUUCGUGUAUUUAUUAUCAAUUAAUUUCAUAUAUUUUAUGUUAUAUUUUAUAUAAAAAUUAUAUAUCACCAUU